GCGCGUAGCGUGUUGACGUCACACCUACGUACCUCUGCGAUAGCUCACCAAAAGUAACCACAGAGACGGUUUAACGGUGUGCAUCUAUGUUGCACGUUCGCGGUGGAGAGCAGACACCCUGCGGCAAACACACUUGAGGGGCCGAAUGACCACUGCUGCCUGCAUUCUGUCCUAAAUUGUUUUGGAUUCCAUAUUCCAAUUGUCGUUAUUUUUUUACUAGUCCCGUCCUCCCUUAGCACCAGGGGGAUGGGGGAAUGAUUAGCACCGACUCUCCUCCGCCGCCGCCUCCUGCUACUGCUCCUCCUUCGGUUGGUCCCCGUGUCCCCUGUCAGUCGUCGGAGCUCUGCCUAGGAUGUGGGCCCCGCUGCUCGACCAGGCUGCGGUGUUUGCGGCCCUGUUGGCGCUGAGCACCUGCUUGACAGGAUCUCAUCUGUGCCCUCGGAGUUUAGACUGUGCCCGGGCAGGACGGGACUUCUGCCAGCCCGGCAGCUCACACUGCGGACCCUGCCUGCGCCCUCUGGUGGAGAACUCCCAUGGCCGCUGUGUGGUCAAGAGGAGGCGUGCUCCUCACUCCAUUAAAGGUAAGGUGAGCACUUAUCCUGAGCUGGAUGAGGAGAUUGACUUCCUCUCUGCCAUCAUCAGUGAACAGAGAACUGAGUCCAGGCUGCCAGCUCCACCUUCCCAAGACAUCUCUAAACCUAAAUCAAAGCAGCUCGGUGAGCCCGGCCACGCCCAUAGAGCAUCUGCCACAGAGCAGCCCAUGAGCCAGAGCGCUUUGUUCACCAGCGUGGCUCCACCCACCACCACCACAAACCACACUCCUGCUCUGCUCAGCGAUCCCAUCAUUCUCCCCUACCCUUCUAAUGACUAUGUCUUCAUCAUCAUGAGCAGUGUCUUCAUCGUGGCAGGUUCGCUGGCUUUGGUCAUAGCAGGGGCCUGUUGGGUCAGAUUGCAGAAAGGUGUGCGUUUAACUCAGAAAAUGGACUACCCUGCAUAUAGACUGAUGAGAGCCCAAGCCUUUAAUUUGCCUGGGGACAAGAAGCUGGCCCACAGUGCCCAGAUGUACCACUACCAGCACCAGAAGCAGCAGAUGCUCUCCCUGGAGAAACAAAGGGAUGAUCCAAAAGUUGCUGACUCAGGAGCAUCGACCGAUGAGGAGAACGAGGACGGAGAUUUCACAGUGUAUGAGUGUCCUGGAUUGGCACCUACUGGGGAAAUGGAGGUGAAGAACCCACUGUUUGAUGACUCCACCCUUCAAAGGUUCCACAAGUAAACCUGGACAUUGAGAUGCUUCACACUCCCAAUGCAGCAUUUGUGUGUACAAAGAGUUGAAUUUACACACAUACACACACUCCACAUACACUGCUCUGCUCAGUCCAACCCUUGAAAUGGACAGGAUGGAGAGUGUGAGGUACAUAUAGGAGAAAGACGAUGAUGAAUGAGGCGCUCAUGGACAUUUAAAGGACGUCACAGCACUAUUUCUUUUGUUGUUGACGCAGGACUGAAUCUGGGACCAAUGACUCCAAUUCUACAGCCACAUUCUGUUCUUUCAUCACUCUGCUUUCCUAGUUGUGUUCAAAAAAUUACAAUCAGCCAAUAUCAAAGAACUCAGAAUGACUUCCAACAGGUAGCAGACAUGCAUAUAAUAUCCAGUGUUAAUAGAAGCAGAGUCCAGCCACUGAGCUAUGACUCAGUUUUUCUAUCAGGUUAUUGAUUGAUAGACCUUCAUCAAUAUCCAUGUUUAUUAAUCUGCACUUUUGAAUUCAUUGAGUUCGUACUGCAGGCUUUGGUUUUAUUUUAAAUUUUAUUUUAAUAUUUCAUGAACACACCGUGAUCUUUAUCAGUAUGUUAUGUCAGUCAUUGUGUUCUCAGUCCAGUUCCUCUAUGCAUGAAUUGAUGACAGUGUGUUAUGAAACCUGAGAGUCAAUUUGCAUUUACAGUUCUUACAAGUUUCUUGUGCAAACUUGCUAUAUUUAAUAUAUAACUUGAAUGAUUUCAAAGUAAUUUGAAACCUUUUUACCUAGAACUCUGAAACAGAGCAGGUCCAUCCUGUAUACAUGGUAUCUCACUAACAUGGCUUGUCCCCAUGGUUAUUGUGAUCUGUAAAUAGCUGCUAACCUGUACAGGAAAGAGAUCUUACCUCACAUGGCUCACACAUGUUCUGCUAGAUUUUGGAGCGCUGUGUCAAAUCUUGAACUGUUGUUUGUUUCCUUAUCGUUGACUAGAUUUACAGGGUUCCUACUCAUCUGGAAAGGACAGGACAUGUCUCAGAAAGAAGUGAUGUCCAGGUUUUGAAAACAUAUUUGACCCAUAAUUGUGCAUUAUAGAUUUUUAACUGAAAUGUAAUAGUUUUGUUGAUUAAGGGGAAAGCAGAGCUUAUCCGCACACUAUAACAUAGCUCCCAAAUGUUUAUUAGAAGUGAACAGGCGAGGUUUAAAUCCUACCAAGUCUUCACCAGGCAAAACAUGAAAAAAGGGGCAAGGUUCAUGUAGGUGUAAAACAGAUUGCAUAAUGUCAAGUACAACCCAUCAUGCUAAAUGCUUUAGAUUAUUACCUUCAAUAUGACAAGACACAUUGUCAUAAAACCAAUCAGUAUCAUAGAAAUCAAUAUAUUUGAAACCAUUUUAAAGAGAGGGGACACAGCAUAUUACAACGUAAAAAAUAAUUGUAAAGGGAGUAAAAAGUCCAUUACAUUCACCAGCCAGCAGGUGAUCAGUUGACUAGAAGCUGGGAGAAACAGCCUGGCUUUGUCAAAAUUUCAAAAAUGCUAACAUAAUAUAUAAUCCAGUAUGCGGCAAUAAGAAAUGCACCAAUCUAACUUAAUCUUUCAAAAUACUAAUUUGUUGGUCUGUCGUAACUAAAUGAACAUAACUAAUAGUAGAAACGCUGAGCCGUUGAUGUUAGCCAUAUAAAGGAUUGGAUUGAUGUAUCCUGAAUGAAUAUUCUCUGCUUUUACCUUUUACUGAAGCAGCUAUCCUCAUCUGACCUAAAUGCUAGGACUAGACUUGCACAACUACCUUUCUGUAUCUUGUUGAUGGUCACAUUGCCCCACUGCAUAGAUCAUACACAGUACAUUACACACCCAAGAUGAUUCCUUACCUUCAGUGACCGGUGUUUGACUAGGUGCAGUAACCCUGGAUGAAACUGUGGCUUUUUGCUGCUGCCUCUAAGGAAAGCUGCUCUUUGCGGCCCCUCUUCAGCCUGCUCCCACUGUCUCAGCCUUUUUUAGUUCUCCCACAGUGGAGUAGCAUAUUAAACUGCAUUUGACCUGCACACAUACACCUACAAUAUGUCAAAUAUAUAUAUAUAUAUAUAUAUAUAUAUCUACAGCAGAUAUAAGGAGUAUUAACACAGGAUACUUCAACUGUUGUAAAGACUGUUUUAAUCAAACCUACUUAAAAUGAAGGACUAUUUAUGGUUGGAGGGAUGAAGGAUUACUCGAAAUGAUACAAUUCUCAUAUUGUUUGCCUUUUCUAAAUGUUACAUAGCUCUGCUGUCCCUUCAGGAGUGCAGAGAGCUAAACCAAAACAAUGCGCUUGUUGUCUUGUUUUGGUAAUUGUCUCUCUAGUGACAAAUGGGUCGUGUGAAGGAAUUCUCGAACAAGUAACUACUUAAGCUAGCUAUCUUUGAUACAGACUGUUUUCAGACUCUAUACAAUGGGUUCUAAACACUAGAGAACUUCUUUACCACCAUGUUUAGCAUGCAUGUGGAUAUACCAGAGCUGAAAUGAAAUAAAUAU